AUGGUUUCAGUUAAAUAUCAAAAAGUUCUCUAUGAUGUUUCUCCUCAUGAUUUUAAAAUUCUUGAUGAUGAUCAUGUAUAUAAAAUGAGUAGUGAAAUAAAUCAUUCCAUAUCUUCAUCAUCAUAUCGUCAUAUAUACUGGUCAACAGUAGCUGAAUCUGGUUUAAUAACUCAACAAGUAAGCUUAGUUAUAUUAUUUACAAUUCUAUUUGUUCAUUUGGAUACGAAUAAUCUACAACCAAUAAAUAUUUUAAUAAUCAAUGCAUUAAUUGGACUUAUUGGUUUAUUUCUUUAUCGACAACAUAUUAGUUUAAAAUUAUUACAAGAAAAUUUUAAAACAUUAUCAAUAUUUCUUCUAUUUGGUUCAUUGGUAUCACCUGUUGUAUUUACAUUAACAAAAACAAUCAGUACAGAUACAAUUUAUGCAAUGAGUACAUUAAUGAUGUUAACUCAUUUAAUCUUUUAUGAUUAUGGAUCUGAAACUGCUAUGGUGCAAAAAGCUUUGUCAUUUAGUGUAGCAUUAUUUUCAUCUGUUUGUCUUGCAUCACGUUUAUCAACAUCAUUUCAUACAUUUUGUUUAGUCACAUCAGCUGUACUUGUUUUUGCUCUAUGGCCAGAAUUAAGAAAAUAUAUUAAAAAAUCAAGUUUUGAAAUAUUUUCAGUUUUAACUAUUGUACAUAUUCUUGGAUGUAUUAUACUUUUAUUUCAUCUUUCAAUGUUACAUAUGAUUCUUUAUGCAUUAGCAAUACUUUUUCUCACAUUUCUUUGUCCAUUAUGGCUCAUUUCAUUACAAAAAUAUAAAAUAUCAAUUCGUGGUGCAUGGGAAGAAGCAGUAGUUCCAGAACAGACAAAAGAUAAAUUUGAAUAA